ACAACAGUAAUACAAUACACCAAACUUGCGGCGCUUUGGAAAUCGAGUCCCUGCCUUCUCCAGAAGUCAAGAGAAUACAAAUAAUUAUUUAGACGUAACCACGUAGAAUUUGUAACAUUGAUAACGAAAAUUUCAAAAAUCCAGCAUCAUUAUUUUUUUCAAUAGAAGACAACAAUGGAAUGUGCAAUUUUAGUAUUAUCUUGUAUUCUAUCAGUACGUCUCGCAGAUGGAUCUCCUGAAACCCAAAUGGAUUCAUUGGCCGGUUAUCAGAAAAGUGGAAAAGGUCCAACGGUAAUCUUUAUCAAUCAUUUUUACACAUUACCAAUGGAAUCAUAUCCACACAAGAUAAAUGGACCGACAAAAGAAAUUCCUCCAGAUGAGCGCUUUUUGUUGCCCGACUACUUGACAUACAUGUAUUGCAUUUUUCUAACAAUAUUCUCAAUUAUCAUUCUCCUCCAUCUCCUUCGUCGUCGCCCAAUUGAUCAUUUCACUGGAUUAAUGCAUACACCAUGGAAUAAGGAAGAAGAAUCGCAAUUUGUCGAGAUGAAAGAUGCCUGGAAAUCUGAUUCCUCAAGACAUUUCUUUUACAAGCAUUGGACAAAUCACGUGUCAACAUCUCAGAAGCUUAGUGAAACAUUCGAAAGAGAUUUCGAUCCAGUUCUUGAGGGAAUGAGCGAUAAUGACUAUGCAAAGAAAAAGAAAUUGAUUUUGGACAUAAUGCGAUUAGUCAGAAGAAAUGAACUCGUAGAUGAUGACAAUUGAUAGAACUUGUUAGAAAUUACUUAUUGGAAUAAAUAAAGUUUUCGUAACAUUUAA